CCGCUCCUCCACCCAACCUCCACCACCCCCGCGUUGCCGCCCGCCGUAAGACGUUCCUCUCGCGGCUCAAUCAUCGUAUGCGGCGUUCAUGGCACACAGAAGCAGCUUGUCGGAGAAGGAGGGCAAUACCUAUUGCGCCUACCUCACGCUGCGGCUGGGAAACGCGGGGCGCUGUCUCCUGACGAAUGCGACUGGGAGAGAAGAACACGAACGAUUAGCGUUGUCGGGGACUAUCUUGGUGCGUCCAAAGCGCGUUUUUGCCGACUUUUCACGUCCUGACCGUUUUGUCCGCAGAACUCCUUAUUCUUCCGCGCUCAAUUAUGCUCGUAUACGCUCUCUGCUGCCGCUCGCCUCCACGACCUGCGUCUUCUGCGAAUACCACGCAAGAACCACGCGUGAACGCGAAGAAGGGAGAUGGUGGAGUCGGUGUGAGGAGGGAAAGAGUAAAGCUAUCCGCAACGGGCUGCAGGGUGGUCUCCCCUUUCAAAUCCUGGCAGCGCUGCUCAAUUCUACCCAGGCUUUCGUCGUGGCGCUCGCUCGUCGAGAAGAAGAGGAGAGGACAAUGCUCAUCUCGUUCGCCAGCAGCAGACAUCAAAUGCACUCCGAGUCGCCUCCACUAUUUGUUUCCUCGAAUUCGCCGUACGACGCUAUAUGUGGCGCUUCUACAAUCCUCUUGGGACUUCGCAUUGCGGUAACAAUACACUCUCUACUCGCUCUCUUCCCGCGCGCCACACAUCUGGAGGAGACGAAGACGAACCCGCGACGCGGGCAAGCCAGCCACAUCACCUGCUCCUUCAUCGACCAUUUCCCGUGCCCGUCGUCCAACGCCAAAUUCUUCUCUCCCGGUAAAGCUAUGAUGAAUCCCGUUGCCGGCGCAGAUGCAGCUUCCCAGACAGCGCCUCUAAUAUACGCGGGACAUAUAUUCGGGAAGUGGCGCGUUGUCAAGCAACCUGCCGGUGCAAUCUGCCUCGAUGGGGACAAGCAAAGGCGACCCGAUCGGUGUCUAACCCGUCGAUGCCCAGGUCGGGGACUUGUCGCGCCAGCACGGGAGAAACGGGAUAUAGUGCUCGGGAGAGCGCUGCAAACUUGUCGUGCGCGGCGUCGGGGAGUCCGGGCCGAGUGCGUACAUGCGGAGGCGCGCUCGCGGUGGUCAAACGCGGAAGAGGGCGGGGACGCCCUUUGUGCUGGCGCGGGCGGCGAGGGGAUGGUGAUUGAACGGGCAUGUGGGGGAAUUAUGGACGGAGGUCGGACCCUGGGGAGUGGGAACUCCGUGCUUCCAACCCCCGAUCGGAAGAUCACCCGCGGGUCGCGGGCAAGGUUGAUAUAUAUGGGGGCUUUAGGCGAGCUCCUUGUCCAUUCCUUUCUCCCCUUCCGCAAGACCUCGCCGAUCGCCAACCUUCCCAGCCCCAGAUCUGUCAUGUCCUACGCCGGAGAGUAUUACCCCAGUGCACCCGAUAUAUCGCCUGCCGCAGACCAUGCGGUUGCGGCCCCACCCACCGGCCCGGGUCCGGCCGGCGACCCCGGGGACCCGGCGCCGCAGCCCUCCGCCCGUGUCACGUUGCGCCGGUGCUGCUUCAACUGCUGGACGACGGACACGAGCGGGUGGCGCCUGAGCAAGCUUUCGGCGGGGAAGAUCGUGUGCGACGAGUGCGGGCUGUUUGAGCGCAGGCACAAGCGCCCGCGCCCGGUGCGCUUUAGGCAUGAGCGGCCGGCUGGGUACGUGGAGAGUGGGGUGUAG